AUGUCGUCCGACAAGGACGUGCGCGUUGUCCACACGGUCUUUGCGGUGCGUGAAGACCAAGAUGGACGGCAGCCCGUAUUUGUUGACCAGCCCUUGAAACUUGACGCCAUGUCCAAGUCCUCAUCCUCAGUUCUCUUCCGUCUUAGUGUCUCCAUCACCGACAGCGCCUCGGCCAAAACCAUCAUUUAUCUGCAGAUCACACCUGACCGUAUCGCUUCGCUGCGCAAUACGACUUGCGACACGAGCGAUCGAAGCCCGCCUUGCCUCGAACAGGUUCGUCAGCAACUGGGCGGCAUUCGCUUUGUAACCCGCCUCCAGUUCCAGCUGCACAGCGGCAUCCAUGCCCAACUCGUUGUGCCGACCGGUUUCACUAUCGAUGAGGCCUCUGACAGCCUGAUGCGGCGUACCUUUAGCUCCGCCACCUUGCUCGCGACCGCUUCGUUGUUUUCCCUAUACGUUCCGCCCAACGCCUUGCCGAAGAUGAAGUUUCAAAGUUUGGCCCAGGCUGUUCGGCAGUUUCCGACUCUGACGGCAGCCCAGCGCCAGGCGUAUGAGCGCAUGGUGGAUCUGCGCAGGCUGUAUCAUGGGAAAGGUGGCAUUGUGUUUAUACCCGAGUACCACAAUAGUCCUCUGCCGGAUAAGGACCGCAAAAGAUCUUCCACACCGGCCACGACCGACUCGUACGCGACGACCGUUCCCUUUGACACCCCCCCACGUUACCAAGAGUCACCACCGCGGUAUGACAAAUGCCCGAGAGACGGACAGCAGCCGAAGCCCAGGUCAGACGCCAAAGCCAUCUCCGCCGAAAGUCCCGGCGGCGACUGUGCCCCGCCGGGGUAUAACGACACCGAACGGCAGCACAGUGUGUCGAAAGCUACGAAGCGCGUGCUGCACUGCGGGAGCGAAGACAUCGAUCUACACCCAACCUACAAGAAGAAAUACUCGCGUGCUACCGAUUGCACAACGUCGGCGUCUACAAGAAACGCCCAACGUCCACCAAAAAUGUCGUCAUCUCAACUUGUAGAGCCGGACUGCUCCGAAAGCAGGUUGAAGUUCCUGCUUGAACGGCAACGCCAACAAAUUAAACAGCUGCAAGCGGAUAUCGAGGGACUUCAACGGCGCAACAAAGAGCUCGAGGGACGACAUGACGAGCUGGAGGAAAACUGGUACGAUUUGGAGAAUCGUCAAGUCGAAUCCGAAGAGACCAUUGAGUCUCUGCUCAUCCACACUGGCGAGCUUGAUGACGAGUGCGAGAAGCUUGGGAAACAGAUGCCAGACAUUUGCGAAGAGAUGGAAGACUGGAUGAAGGACAACAUGGGAGACAGGAUGAAAGAAUCUAUGGAGAGCUGGUUCAAGGAGAAUAUGGCGGAAACCAUAAAUGGAUAUAUCAACGACCAAGUGGCAGCCCAAAUAGCUCAAGUGAAGACAAAGAUGCGCAGAGCCCUUCAAGGCUAG